AUGACGAACAAACCCAGCAAUCGCUCCGGACUCUUCCUCACCGGCCUCUUCCUCCUCCUCCUCCGCUCACAGUCCCCCAACUCCAACUCAAAUCACGCCAUGACCGCCUCCUUUUCCACCGACGACAACCUCCCUGCAGGCUGUACCAACACCUCUCUUCACGGAUUCCAAUGGACCGUGUCCGACUUUCACUACUCCUCCUCUCUGACCUACACCACGCCCUCGCACCGCAUCAACGGCGCCACGGUCCGGUUUAAUCUGACUAGUAACGCGUUGCCAAAGCUAAACGUGUACUGCGAUGCUUAUAGCAGUGAUUUUUCGGAUUCGUUUUACGGGCAGAGGGUAUAUGAUUGUACGACUGUGGUGAACUCGACUUUGGGUGCAAGUGUAGGGGAAAAGGAGGGAGGAGUGUUGGCUGAGGGAGGACGGUCCCAGACGCAGUUUCGGUAUUGGAAGAGUAGUCAGAGUGUGGAGGUGAGGCAGACUUGGGAGUGUGAUGAUUUGGAGGGGCCGGGGAACAUGGCCAUCUUCUCUGCCAACGGCACUUCUGCCGCGCAGACGCCCAACUGCACCUUCGAAGAGCACCAGACGCCUCCCUCCGAGUGGAAGAAUGGCGAUACCUACUACUGGAACGUCCAGGCUUGCACUCUGUCUGAGUUCUCGUUUGCGCCGUCGGAGCUUCAGGUGUUUGCGUAG